ACACGCUGUACACUAACUGGCCGAAACUCGUGUUUUCAUUUACACUGUGUACACACACUCACACUGCCAGAUACUGACUCGUCGGAAUUGAGGAGAUAAAAUGGCUGAGGAGAAUGUCGAAUACGGUUGCGAACAUUAUAAACGAAAAUGCAAAUUAGUGACACCAUGCUGUGACAAAGUUUAUACUUGCCGUUUUUGUCAUGAUGAGAAGGAGGAACACACCCUUAACCGAAAAAAUGUGGAUGAAAUUAUGUGUUCAUUGUGUGAAACAAAACAACCAGUUCAACAAAACUGUUCCAAUUGUGGUAUCCUCUUUGGACAGUAUUUUUGUGAAAAGUGCAAGUUGAUUGACGAUGAAGAUAAAAAGCAGUACCACUGUGAAGGAUGUGGAAUAUGUAGAGUCGGAGGAAGGGACAAGUUUUUCCACUGCCAAACAUGUGAUAUGUGCUUACCAAAAAAACUUGAAAAUCAGCAUAGAUGCGUCGAAAAGAUGAGCCGAACAAAUUGCCCAAUUUGUUUGGAGGAUAUUCAUACAUCAAGAAUUCCUUCGCACAUCCCAUCAUGUGGUCAUCUGAUUCACCGAACAUGUUUCAACUCAUUUAUUCAUCGUGGUCACUAUGCCUGCCCAGUUUGUCAACGUUCAAUGAUGCCGAUGGAAUCGUACUGGCGCAUUUUAGACGAUGAAAUUGCAUCAACUCCAAUGCCAGUGGAAUAUCAAAAUUUUUUUGUCACGAUUUUAUGUAACGACUGCCAUCAGUUUUCUGAAGUUCCAAUGCAUCCCCUUGGAGCGAAGUGCCAAAAUGCACCAUGUGGGUCGUACAAUACGUGCAGAAGCGGUGGUCCUGUUAAUAGACCUGCAGUCAGAGAACAAACUCCUAACUCGGAAUAAAUGGCCAUGAUUAUCAAAGGAAUAGGAUGUUGUUUGUCAUUUACUUGGACGGCGGUUUUAUUCUACGUUGACAUGCAAUAAUUGUAUUGGCCAUCUACUAAAUGGUCGAGUUUGUAUUUUAAAGGCUUUUAAAUUUUCAUCCGUGAAUUUUCCACCUUAUUCGACGGUUGACAUCUGAAGCUUGUUCGUGAAAUUGGUUUGAAAUGGUUUUGUGAAUUUUUUUUCUUCUCGUUCAAGUUACUCGUACCCCGUCAGCCAUCAUGCUGAUGUUUGAUACCUGUUUUGUUGCCCUUACCUCGUUGCAGUGGCUGAAAUUGCCGUCAUAUUGUAAUGCACCGUAGUGAGUAAA